CCACAUCAGCAACCACAGGCAACCUGAUGAUGCUCGACGCCAUUGAUGCGCAGACACCGGGUUUCCCCCAAUUCGAACCCAGCACUUCGCGCAUUGAGAUCGAUCCCAAUGGCGACGUCGACUUCAUUCUAAAGACCACAAACAGGCAGCAAUACGUCUGGCCCGCAGAGGCGGGUACAGGCACCCUGGCACGGCGAAGACCAGAUCCUGUAAAUGACAGAAAGGAGGCCAAGGACGAGUACCAAUUCCGAGUCUCGUCGCGAUGUCUGAGCGCCGCGUCGCCACUCUGGAGCCGGACGUUCAACGGGCCACGGAGGCAGCUCCCACGUAAUCAAGGGGCAAGGCUCGAGAUCGAGCAGCACAAAUGGGAUGCCACAGCGGUCUUCAUACUGCUCAGCAUACUGCACGGGCGCAGCGACAACAUACCACAGCAGGUCACACUCGACACGCUGACCCAGAUUGCGGUCCUGGUCCACCACUACAAGUGCCACGAGGCGACGAACAGUGUCGUGUCCGCCUGGAUCAACGCCCUGGAGAAGGACCCGGCCACUCAACCGCCCGCACACCACGGAAGAGAAAGCGUCAUGUGGCUGUUUGUCGCAUGGGUCUUCGCCAGGGCCGAGACAUUCACCAGCCUAGCUGCCCUUGCGAUGUACAUGUCUGAAGGCCCGAUGGAGAGGAUGUCGCUGCCCUUCCCCGGUGCUUUUGUCUACGCCAUCGACAACGCCAGGCACAAAGCGAUAGAGGAUUUCCUGGACAACACCCUCCUGCUGCGCGACUCCCUGGUCGACCCGGCCUGGCAGUGUCCAGCCCAGCCACACCUCAGCGCCCAGUGCUCCUCGAUACUGCUCGGUCAGCUCGUGCGCUUCCUAGUUAAUCAGCUCGGUAUGGAUGUCUUCAGCAGCAACGGCCAGCCGAACCGCCCUUUCUACGGCAUCAGCGCGAGGAAGCUCGACGCCGCCGUCACGGAAGGCCUGCCGCACUUGUCAUGGCGCGGGCCACGCGAGAUCACGACAGUGGGAGAGGUGGCGGACGAGCACUGCUUGCUGCAUGCUUGUAGUCUCGGAGACAUGAUGCGGCCCUUUGUGGAGAGGAUGAAAAAGGAGAUCCCGGCCUUGUCGUUGGGGGACUUUCCUCGGCACCAGCUUGCUUCUUAGCGUUCAUGGCAUUGCUUGUCAUCCGUUGAACAAAUAGACCGGUCUGCUUAUAUCAGCUCGGCUUUAGAUAGCGGGAGACUGCUUUAUGAUAGAGAUUCGCCAUAUUCAGAGACGAAUGCGAGAUUCUUAGGCAACAUCAUGGACUCUCUUAGCAUGGAAAGCUGCUUCGACAAAUAUAUACAAUAAAAUAGUCUUCUGGGGACAAGCACCUGUGGUG